AAAGCGGAGGAACGUGUGGAAGCAGCCGCUGGGCUCGCAGCGCGCUCUAUAAGGGGAUUUAAGCCGCAGAGAGAGCGGGCGAGGCAGGGACCGAUUCACCCUUGAUCUGAAUUAAAUACUUCUCUUUCUCUCUCUGAAAAUCUGCCCUUUUGAGUUUUAUCCUUUGCAGCAGGUGACAGCACACAACGCAAACUGCAGAAUGGGGAAACAGAAUAGCAAACUGGCCCCUGAAGUGAUGGAGGAUCUGGUGAAGAGCACGGAGUUUAACGAACAUGAACUCAAACAGUGGUACAAAGGAUUUCUAAAGGACUGUCCUAGUGGUAGACUGAACCUUGACGAAUUUCAGCAGCUUUAUGUAAAGUUUUUUCCAUAUGGAGAUGCUUCAAAGUUUGCCCAACAUGCCUUCAGAACCUUUGAUAAGAACAGCGAUGGAACCAUUGACUUCAGAGAGUUCAUUUGUGCAUUGUCCAUCACCUCAAGGGGUAGUUUUGAACAGAAACUAAACUGGGCCUUUAAUAUGUAUGACCUAGAUGGAGAUGGUAAAAUUACAAGAGUGGAGAUGCUGGAAAUUAUAGAGGCCAUUUACAAGAUGGUGGGUACUGUGAUAAUGAUGAAAAUGAAUGAGGAUGGUCUCACGCCAGAGCAACGAGUAGAUAAGAUUUUCAGCAAGAUGGAUAAGAACAAAGAUGACCAGAUCACACUGGAUGAAUUCAAAGAAGCUGCAAAGAGUGAUCCUUCCAUUGUAUUACUCCUGCAGUGUGACAUUCAAAAAUGAGCUAAUGUAAAAUGCAUUAUGGACUGCACAGAA